UUAGGGUUUUGUAUUCAUAUAUGUGUGUGUGAAUUGUUAGGGUUUUGUAUUCAUGUAUGAGUGGGUGAAUUGUUAGGGUUUUGUAUUAAUGUUUGUGCGUGUGAAUUGUUAGGGUUUUGUAUUAAUGUUUGUGUGUGUGAAUUGUUAGGGUUUUGUUAUGGUUUUUUUGAUAGGUUGCGGGGUUUAUGCGAGACGAACAGCUAGGGAUGGCCUUGCGUGGAGCCGAUUUGGUGAUCAUACUGGUUGGUGUUCCGAGAAAGCCUGGAAUGAGUCGUGAUGAUCUCUUCAACACCAAUGCUGGCAUCAUCAAGUCUCUCUGCUCUACCAUCGCCAAGUACUGCCAUAAUGCUCUGGUGAAUAUGAUAAGCAAUCCGGUGAAUUCGACAGUUCCGAUUGCAACCGAGGUAUUUAAGAAGGCUGGGACUUAUGAUGAGAAGAAGCUAUUUGGUGUGACUAUGCUUGAUGUUGUUAGGGCAAAGACCUUUUAUGCUGGGAAGGCGAAGGUCCCGGUGGCAAAUGUUAAUGUCCCGGUGGUUGGUGGUCAUGCUGGCAUAACCAUUCUUCCUCUCUUCUCACAUGCGACACCAAAAGCCAAUUUGUCAGAUGAAGAUAUUAAGGCUCUUACUAAGCGAACACAAGAUGGAGGAACUGAAGUUGUGGAAGCAAAAGCUGGAAAGGGAUCUGCAACAUUAUCAAUGGCAUAUGCUGGGGCAAUCUUUGCUGAUGCCUGCUUGAAGGGGCUUAAUGGAGUUCCAAAUGUCAUUGAAUGCUCUUUUGUGCAGUCAACCAUCACAGAGUUACCUUUCUUCGCCUCUAAGGUGAUUGGGUUGAACCUUCCUAUUUUUAAAAUCGUGAGGAUAUAUUAUUCAUGUAUGUUGAUGUGUAACAUAGGAACCUUUUUUAGAUAUAUCUUAUUUUUUUUAUAUUGUAUUACAAAAGGUGUUAUUUAUAUUUUUUGGGAAUACACAAAAAAUGUUAUUGAUAUGCUUGCAAUGCGAAGAUUUUUUAGAUAUAUAUUGUAUUUUUAUAUUAUAUUACAAAAGGUAAGGCUCGGAAAGAAUGGUGUGGAGGAAGUCCUUGGACUAGGUCCCCCAUCAGAUUAUGAGAAACAAGGUCUUGAAAGUUUGAUGCCAGAGCUCAAAACUUCAAUAGAGAAGGGAAUUAAGUUUGCCAACCAAUAG